UGAGUUGGUUAUUGAUUCCCCUCCAGGUACUCCCUGCAACAAGUGCAGCUCCAAACACAACUUCCAAACCUCGCCGCCUCUCUUUCUCCCUCCAAGAUGAGUUUCCGAAAUUAUUCCUCGCUGUCCACCCACAGUGGUUCUAUGUCCCUGCGGAGGUCCAUGCCCCUGCAGUCCAGUGCGAGCAGCAUCGCUGGCUUCGGCCACAGGAUGUCGGUGAGCCGGGUAUCGAUGGCCCGGCCUGUGGGCAUGGCCGCCGGGGCCAACUUCAGUGUCGGCGGGGUCAGCAACCAGAAGGAGGCCAUGCAGAGCCUGAACGACCGGCUGGCCAGCUACCUGGAGAAAGUGCGCAGCUUGGAAGCGGCCAACGCCAAGCUGGAGGUGCAGAUCAAGGAGCACUUGGAGUCCAGGGAAGCCAGCGUCCGAGACUGGGCCAUCUACGAGAAGCCGCUCAGUGACCUCCGCAAAGAGGUCUAUGAGAUGACCAUCGAAAAUGCUCGUUUGGUACUUCAGAUCGAUAAUGCUCGUCUGGCUGCUGACGAUUUCAGGGUGAAGUGGGAGUCUGAGCUGAGCAUCAGGCAGUCUGUGGAGAACGACAUCAACGGACUGCGCAAAGUCAUUGACGACACCAACAUCGGGCGCCUGCAACUGGAGAGUGAGAUCGAGUCUCUCAAGGAGGAGCUCAUCUACAUUCGGAAGAACCACGAUGAUGAAGUUAAAGCUCUGCGCUCCCAGGUCACUGGCUCCAGUGUGCAGGUUGAAGUGGACUCCCCUCAGGGCCCAGAUCUGGCUAAGACCAUUGCUGAGAUCAGAAAGCAAUAUGAGGAGGUGGCACAGAAAAACAAGGAUGAUGCGGAGAACUGGUACAAGAGCCAGAUAGAUAGCUACAAAAUUGAAGUUGAACACAAUGCUGAAGAACUGCAAGGUUCAAAGGCACAAGUCACUGAACUGCACCAUCAGAUACAGUCUCUGGAUGUUGAGCUGGAGAGUCUCCUGAGCAAGAAAAACUCAUUGGAAGGCACUCUCAAAGACACAGAACUGAGAUAUGACAUGGAGCUGCAAAGCCUAAAUGGCAUGAUUGCCAAACUGGAGGGAGAUCUGUUUCAGAUCCGGAGUGAUAUGCAGACCCAGGUCAGAGAAUAUGAAAACCUUUUGAACGUGAAGAUGAAACUCGAGGCUGAAAUAGCAACAUACAAACACCUGCUGGAUGGGGAAGAUAUCAACGCACUUGUUGAGUCAACCUCAGGUGCCACCUCACAAACUAUCAAGAAGACUGUCGUCACCACUCAGAAACUCAUGGAUGGCAAAGUGAUAUCUGACGAGACAGUCCGCAUUAACUAAAAAGCACCAAGCUACAUCUGCCCUCCAGUUGUCAUGCCUGGUCACUUGUAGUUGCAGUGAGGAAUGUAAUAGUCUGGAGUUUGUUGGCUUGUUGAAUAUUAUCAAAAAUAAAGAUACUCUUUGACUUUGAA